ACAUGGCGACCUCCAUGGACGCACAUUUCUAUUACAUUGAUCGUGCACAAAACAAAUUCUCUUAGAAAAGUAGAUCACGUCCACAAAAAAUAGUUGAAUACAAAGUAUAUGUUAUCUAGGAACAAUUUUCAUCAUUUCUAUUUUCUGCAAGUAACAAUUAGUGUAUUCUUCUAAACCAUGGCUUUAGCCACGCUAUCAGGUGGCCGUCAUCUGAUGCAGAGUUUAUGCAAGAAUGCAACAGUAGUAUACCAACAACAAAGGAAUAUAGUGAACCUACGACAUCGAUUCCCUCCACUGGUACCCUCAUUUGGAAAGAAGCCGCAUCGAGCUAAAAGGAAGCACAAAGUGUACGUCUGGGAAGGAGACUCGAUGCUUGAGGAACAGGAGAAACUCACACUUAUUCUCACAGAAGACGUUUCACGUAUCGGGAUGAAAGGAGAUGUCGUCACAGUUCGCAAAAGCGUUGGUCGCAAUAUGCUCUUGGCCAAGAACAGAGCAGUCUACGCCUCUCAAGAAAACAUCAGAGAAUUUGUACAGGAAAGAGCUAAAAGAGAAGAACAGAGCUCAGAGAAAAUCUUGACCGGAACUGCACUUAAAACGAUAGCAUUUCUGCAGAAGCACAAACUGGUGGUGAAGAUGCGUUCAGUUCCACAUUGGGACACCCUUUCUAAAGAGAUCGUUAUCCACGCCUUCAAUAAACAUCUGGGUGUUGUGGUACCAGACCAUGCACUGGAACUACCAGAGGAACCAAUAACCGACUACGGAACAUACACAGUUAAAGUGACCAUCAACCAGCUAGAGACGGUCGAGGUGGAAAUGGAUGUCCAACACUACAUAAACAAAGGCAAGCAGAGGAGGGAAGCUCAGAAAAUGAAUGCUGCUGGUGAAUCAUAGCUCAUGUUUAUUCACGGCCAUAGCUCAUGUUUAUUCACGGCCAUAGCUCAUGUUUAUUCAUGGCCAAGGUCAAAGUUCAUAACAGAAAAAUACUGUUUUAAUAGUAACAAAGGCAAACAGGAGGGAAGCUCAGAAGGUGAAUGCUAAUUCUACCUCCAUGGUGAAUGCUGCUGAUGAAUCAUAGCUCACGUUUAUUCAUGACCAAGGUCAAAGUUCAUGGAGGUGUUGUAGCUUAACACAUUUGCUAAGCUGAGCAAUACUGUUUUAAUAGUAAAAGCAGGCUACCAGCCACUGCAAUGUAAUGUUUGAUUGGUCCCAAGCUGUCGCAGGUAUUUUUGUGCUAAGCAGCCAUGUCAAAUUUGGAAAGGUUGCUACCUUAGGAGACACAACUUUUGUCAAUGUAAGGAAGAUCUU